GGUCUGGCACAUGGAGAAUGACACAGCAGGACAAAGAGGCUCCAUCUCUCUCACACCCAUGGCCAACGGUCUGGAGAACAUGGGGGCUGAGUUCUUGGAAAGUCCGGAGGAAGGCCAGCUCCCUGGCAGUGAAUGGAGCCCUGCAGAGGGCGGGAGGAGCUGGAGAGAGGUGGUACCGAAGCCCUUCUUUGGAAGGAGGAGCCUGCAGCCAGUCUUGAGAGCCAGAAGCUUCUGCAGGGAGCACACACAGCUCUUUCGAUGGAUCUGCAUAGGCCUGCUCUGUACUGCGUACGCUGCCUUCCUGCUUACUGCCUGCCUCCUGGAUUUCCAGAGGGCCCUGGCACUGUUUGCCCUCACCUGUGUGGUCCUGGUCUUUCUGGUCUAUAGCCAGCUGAAGAGGCUUCUGGGGCCAAGGCUGAGGAGGUGUAUCAAGCUUCAUGGCCAUUCCCGCCUGAACCUCUGGUUUAAGAGGAGUCUAGCGCUCGCUGCCUUCCUGGUCCUGGUCCUGUGGCUGUCUCUGGACACCUCCCAGCGGCCUGAGCAGCUGAUCUCCUUUGCAGGAAUCUGCGUGUUCAUCACUGUCCUCUUUGCUUGCUCGAAGCAUCACUGUGCAGUGUCCUGGCGGGCCGUGUCCUGGGGCCUUGGGAUGCAGUUUGCACUUGGACUCUUUGUCAUCAGAACAGAACCAGGAUUUAAUGCGUUCCAGUGGCUGGGUGACCAGAUCCAGAUCUUCCUGAGCUACACCGAGGCUGGCUCCAGCUUUGUGUUUGGGGAGACUCUGAUCAAGGAUGUCUUUGCCUUUCAGGUUUUGCCCAUCAUUAUUUUCUUCAGCUGCAUCAUGUCAGUUCUGUACUAUGUGGGCCUUAUGCAGUGGGUGAUCCUGAAGAUUGCCUGGCUGAUGCAAGUCACCAUGGGUACCACAGCCACUGAGACUCUGAGUGUGGCUGGAAACAUCUUUGUGAGCCAGACCGAGGCUCCUCUGCUGAUCAGGCCCUACUUGGCAGACAUGACUCUCUCCGAAAUCCAUGUCGUCAUGACUGGAGGCUAUGCCACCAUCGCCGGCAGCCUUUUGGGUGCCUACAUCUCCUUUGGGAUCGAUGCUGCCUCGUUAAUUGCUGCCUCCGUGAUGGCCGCCCCCUGUGCGUUGGCCCUCUCCAAGCUGGUCUACCCUGAGGUGGAGGAGUCCAAGUUCAGCAAUGAGGAAGGAGUGAAACUGACCUAUGGAGAUGCUCAGAACCUCCUGGACGCAGCCAGCAGUGGGGCCACCCUGUCCGUGAAGGUGGCCACCAACAUCGCUGCCAACCUGAUUGCGUUCCUGGCUGUGCUGGCCUUCAUCAAUGCUGCCCUCUCCUGGCUGGGAGACAUGGUUGACAUCCAAGGGCUCAGCUUCCAGCUCAUCUGCUCCUACAUUCUGCGUCCUGUGGCCUUCUUGAUGGGCGUUGCCUGGGAGGACUGCCCGGUGGUGGCUGAGCUGCUGGGGAUGAAGCUGUUCCUGAACGAGUUUGUGGCCUAUGAGGAACUUUCCAAAUACAAGCAGCGCCGCCUGGCAGGGGCUGAGGAGUGGGUCGGCACCAGCAAGCAGUGGAUCUCUGUCAGAGCAGAAAUCCUCACAACGUUUGCCCUCUGUGGAUUUGCCAACUUCAGCUCCAUUGGGAUCAUGCUGGGAGGCCUGACCUCCAUGGUCCCGCAACGGAAGAGUGACUUCUCCAAGAUUGUGCUCCGGGCACUCUUCACAGGGGCCUGUGUGUCCCUGGUGAAUGCCUGCAUGGCAGGGAUUCUCUACGUGCCCAGGGGACCUGAGGUCGACUGCCUGUCCCUCCUGAACACAACCCUCAGCAGCAGUAGCUUUGAGGUGUACCAGUGUUGCUUCGAGGCCUUCCAGAGCACCAGCCCAGAGUUCAGUCCGGAAGCCCUGGACAACUGCUGUCAAUUUUACAACCACACGAUCUGUGCAUAG